CCUGCAAAUUUCUCAGUAGACAGCUCUAAAACAGGGAAGUGCUAUAAGGACUCAGAAAUCUGUGUUCUUAGAAACUGAUGAGGAAUACAGUCUUGGGUUCUUGAAGGACAAUAGGAAAAUUCAAGAAUCCAGAGAAUAGCGGGCACAGGAGGGGCACCACAGGGGAAUUUGGAAUAGGGGAGCUGAGUCAACAGAAACGGAAACUCCAAGCUGUAGGAAGCUGAGUACCUGGACAAGGGAGCCCCUGGGCCAGCCACCAGAGAAAGGCUCUGAGCACCUGGGGCCAGAAGAAAGCAUAGCCUGGUGUCCAGGUGUCCAAGAUAGAAUGUCUCCAGGAGGAGGCUGACAACUAAAUCCAAGAUCCCGAGGAAAGGGCACCCUCUCCAGGAAGGAAGGUGGCGAGUUUUCAUUCAACAGAUGUUCACUGGUCAUCUACCUUCACGGCACCCAGCCCUUUGCUGGAUGCUGGUGAGUCACACAGUCCUUGCCCUCGAUGUGAAGUGAAUGAAACAGGCUAAAGAGCUAACUGCACAGGCCCAGGCAAGUGCUGUGACAGAGGACACAUCCGUGGGGGCAGCCUAGAGGGCAGCGAUGGGGAAGCUCCACAGAGGAGGCACCUUGCGAGGAAAGCUGGCUGGACAGGGAUGGGGUGGAACAUUCCAGGCUGCAGGGGGCCGGCGCAUAGUCCGGAGGCACGGAGAGCUGAGCCUGUUAGAGCAGAGGGAGCACGGAGGAGGUGCAGCCUCUGACCUCAUAAUGCCCAGGCCACUGGGCCAGCCUUGCCACUUGCAAGCUCUGGAGCCCUCCUCCAGCCCGGGCAAGGCCCGAGGCCCCGGGCAGCCUCCAGGUGCAGCGUCCUCCUGGGGCCGCACCCUUCCCUCUGCCCUGGGGCAUGUCUCUACUCACCAAUUAUGAGGGGCUUCGGCAUCAGAUUGAGAGGCUGGUGCGGGAAAAUGAGGAACUGAAGAAGCUGGUGCGGCUCAUUCGGGAGAACUACGAGCUCAAGUCAGCAAUCAAGACACAGGCGGGCGGCCUGGGCAUCAGCGGGUUCAGCAGCGGGCUUGGUGAGGCGGCGGCCAGUGCUUCUCCACACCAGGGUGUCUUCCUGCCCCCGUCCCCGGCAGCAGCAAACGAACCUGUCCUGGAAGAAGUGGGGAUUGUGGCUCUGGCACCCCUGGCCGACGUGCUAAACAGCCCGCAGCCCAGCCCCGUGACAGGCCCCACCGUGAGCCCCCUGGCAGGCCCUCUCAACACGCUGCCCAGCCCGGGGCCCAUCUCCCAGAGCAGCCCACUCACCAGCCUCCUGGGCAGCCACCUGGCCAGCCCCCUGGUGGGCACACCGGCCAGCUCCCUGGGCCUGCCCUCCACCGGCCCCCUGACUCCAGGAAGCCCCCUGGCAAGCCCCCUAGCUGUGUCCCAGAACAGCCCCCUGAUGCCCCCUGUGACGGGCUCGGGGUUCCUCUCCCUGAGUAGCCCCUUGCUCACCUCCACGGCCGCCCCUCUAGGUGUCUCUCAGAACGUUCUGGCCAACCCCAUGAACAAUCUGGUGCUGUCGGAGGCCCCACGGGUGCGGCUGGCAGAGCCGCUCCGAGGAUAUCCCCCGGGACCCCACCCGUCAGCUGGUGGGGGACCUACUGCCACCUCCAAAGUCCCACUGUCCACUGAGCAUCCCCAGCCAACCCAGGAGCCGGAGUCCCUCGGCAUGACAUUUGUGGGUGCGCCCAUCCAGACCUCCACUCCUGUUGGUGUCCUGGGCACUCCGGGCCCCAUGACAGGCUUCUCCUAUGGCACCUCAGAUGCCCAGACACAGCCUGGCGGCCCCCAGGGACAAAUGGUCCCUGCCUCUGUCCCUGUCUCGACUGCCUCCAACAUCGCCAUCCUCACCUCUGCCCCCACCCCCACCCCCCCAGUGACCACCAGCUACGCCCCCUCAAGCAAGCCGCACCCCUCUUCCCGGACGCACCACUCCCCAUCCCAGCCCUCGCCCACCCCCCACUCCCCUCCACGCAACCCCUGCUCCCCACCGCGAACUUCGUCCUCCCCGGCUUCAGUCACCGACACCCGUGGUCCACGUGGCCCAGAGCAGUCUCGGAAAAGCGUCCUGGAGUUGGAGAGGAAGCUAGCCCACCGCAAGAGCAGCAAGUUCCCCGACAGCUCUCGAGAAUCAAAACAGCUGGCCUGGGAGAGGCUGGUGGGGGAGAUCGCCUUCCAGCUGGACCGCAGGAUCCUGUCCAGCAUCUUCCCCGAGCGUGUGAGGCUGUAUGGCUUCACAGUCUCCAACAUUCCGGAGAAGAUCAUCCAGGCCUCCCUGAACCCCAGUGACCACAAGCUGGACGAGGAGCUGUGCCAGACGCUCACACAGCGCUAUGUGAGCAUCAUGAACCGGCUACAGAGCUUGGGCUACAACGGGCGAGUGCACCCGGCACUGACGGAGCAGCUGGUGAACGCCUACGGCAUCCUGCGGGAGCGGCCGGAGCUGGCCGCAUCCGAGGGUGGCUCCUACACAGUGGACUUCCUGCAGCGCGUGCUGGUGGAGACCGUGCACCCCAGCAUGCUCACCGACGCUCUGCUGCUGCUCUCCUGCCUCAGCCAGCUGGCCCACGAUGAUGGCAAGCCCAUGUUCAUCUGGUGACACCACCAUUAAAGCUCCCCUCGGACGCUA